GAGAUAGUGCUGCUGGACAAGGUGUCCACAGGCUUCCCCGGCGUGGUGCAGCUGCUGGAGUGGCUUGAGCUCCCCAGCUACAUUGUUAUGGUGCUGGAGCGCCCAGAGCGGUGUCAGGACCUGCGGCACUUCAUUCGGGCACGGAAGUUCCUGUCCGAGGAAGAGGCGCGGGAGCUGUUCCGGCAGGUCCUGGCAGCCGUGCGGCACUGCACCAGCUGCGGGGUCCUGCACCGAGAUAUCAAACCGGACAACAUCUUGGUAGACCUGGACACCGGCGAGGCAAAACUGAUAGACUUCGGCUGUGGCACCUACCUUCAGGAGACAGCCUACACUCAAUUUGCAGGAACACCAUCAUACAGCCCCCCGGAAUGGAACGACUUUGGGUGGUACCAUGGCGAGGCAGCGACCGUCUGGACCCUGGGCAUCCUGCUGCACGAGAUGGUCUGCGGGGAGCACCUGCGGGCCGAUGGCUUCCCCUCCCUGUGCCCGGCAGCCGCUGGGGCCGCGCGGGCCGUGGUGAAGGGGCCUGGCCCAGCCCAGAGCCGCUCCCGGGGCCUGGCGGAGCCCGGCUCGGUGCAGGCCAGGCUGGAGCCGGGCCGGCCUGACCAGCACCCAGGUGGGGCGUUCAGGUCCGGUGAUGAGUAUCUCGUCCGGGCUCGUUCCUUUGUCCAGCCUGAUGGCUCGUGUCCUGCUUAUUCUCUUAGGUUGAUGGGCGCCGGCUAG